CUCGGGAGUCGGAGCGAAAGAGGCCAGCUGAGGGGGCGUGUAGCGCACGUUCAUGCUGAAGUUGGACACUUGGAGAGCUUUGCGCACUGCGAAGGCAGACACGAAGGGAUACGGAGGGGUGCCCAGUCCUCCUUCAGGUCUUAAUCGCCCAUAGAAGAGCUGGCAGCGAACAUGCCCAGACCAGUACAUCGUCACUAAGACCGGGAUUGAGCUCUUCGCCUGGUUGAAGCUUGCCAGAAUGAACGAAAACGCAGAUAUCUGCAACCACUGUCGGAACAUGAUCAGGGAGAAGGCAAAAGGAAGGAAGAUGUCAAGACACAUAUCAACAGGACCAAGCUCAUUUAUUCCAGAAAAUGAGAUCAUCGGAGCCAUGCCUCUGAGUGAUUCCACAGUGAUGUUCAUAGACGAAGAGUUCAGCGGCCGCGUGGACAACCUGACGCAGGUGAUGGGGCUCCACCCGCAUUAUCUGCAAGCCUUCCUGCGCUGCCACUAUUAUCUCUUGAGGAUGGACGGCCCCCUACCACUCCACUACAGACAUUAUAUCGCUAUAAUGGCUGCAGCACGGCAUCAGUGUUCAACGCUGGUGUGUCAGCACGUGCAGGAGUUCGAGCAGAUAGGCGUGUGCUCUGAUUGGCUGAGAGGUCUGGAGUUCUGCCCGCAACGACUUCGCAACCUCAACGAGAUUAACAAGAUCCUCGCGCACAGACCCUGGCUCAUUACCAAGCAACAUAUACAGGCUCUGGUGAAGACAGGCGAGCACAGCUGGUCUCUGGCAGAGCUGGUUCAUGCUGUUGUACUGUUGGCUCAUUUCCAUGCCUUGGCUAGUUUUGUGUUUGGUAGCGGAGUCAACCCUGACCCUGAGGUCACAGAGGUCAACGGGGUCACGGAUGACCUUUGCCCUCCAGCCAUGGCGGGUUUAUGCACCUGCCACCUAACAAAUGGCAACCAAGCCAACGGGAACCCCCUGCGUAACCCUAACACUGGGAGCGAGCUGGAAGCUCUGAUGGAGAGAAUGAAGCGACUGCUGGAGGAAAGAGAAGACGAUGAUGCGUCAGAGGAGGAGAUGUUCACUCGCUUUGAGAAAGAAAAGAAAGAGAGCCUUCUGGUGGUGUCUGCAGGGUUUGUUGAGGAAGUGGUGCCCCCUUCUCCAGUGGCUCGGUUUGUAGACGACCCGUCGUUUGGAUACCAGGACUUUGCACGACAUGGCGAAGACAACCCACCCACAUUUAAAGCACAAGACUACUCAUGGGAGGAUCAUGGUUUCUCUCUGGUGAACAGGCUCUACUCUGACAUUGGUCACCUAUUGGACGAAAAGUUCAGAACGGCAUGUGAUCUGACCUAUUACAACAUGGCCAGUCACGAGGGGGUGGACACCAGCAUGCUGCGUAGGGCUCUAUUCAACUACGUCCACUGUAUGUACGGAAUCAGAUACGACGAUUACGACUACGGUGAGGUGAAUCAGCUGUUGGAGCGCAGUCUGAAGGUUUACAUCAAAACAGUGACAUGUUAUCCAGAGCGAACCACUCGCCGCAUGUACGACAGCUACUGGCACCAGUUCAGACACUCCGAGAAGGUUCAUGUGAAUUUGCUUCUAAUGGAGGCUCGAAUGCAGGCAGAGCUGCUCUAUGCUUUGAGAGCCAUCACUCAUUAUAUGACCUGACCAAUCAGACUUCGCCAUUUAUAUGACCUGACCAAUCAGACUUACUCACCCACAAUAUGACCUUUAUUGCUCAUAUGAUGUUAUUAUUAUGGCUAAAUUUAACCUAACAUAUAGUUUUGAAUUCUUACAAUUGUGUCCAAAAUUGUGUAUACUUUUUCUUGAACUGUUCAAAUCGAUAACUAAAUGAAGGACAUUGAGUAUAGAGCAUUCUGGGUAUAAUCACAAACUUUAAAUUGGGCUCUAAGGGCAUGUUUAAAUCAUUCGUCAUCAAGAAUUGUGGGUGGGCAGAAAUGACUUUUGCUGGAUUAAUAUAUAAUCCUUAAUGGUCAGACAAAUCCCCUUGGACUUGACCUGGUCAAUAAGGCGAUCAUUUAUGACAUGACUUGACAAAUCACAUUUUAACGUGCAAUACUUUCUCAUUGAAAUCUCAAUUAUACUGUAAGCUGAAAUACUGGAGGACUGAGUUCAUAAUUUUUGAAACAGGAAGUUGUCAUUUUUUCUUUUUUGCACAUUUGAGAAAAACUGUAUUUUGGAACAGAAUACGGUUUUCCUUUUGUAAGAUCAUAAAUGACUAACAGAAUGUGAGAUUUUUUUUUUCUUCUUUUUUUUUAAAAUCCCUUUUUUCAUUUUCAUGUAUUGUUUAUUUCAUAUUGAAUGUAUUGUUUAUAUUUUUUUGUAGUUUGUUUCUAAACUUUUUCAGAUAAAUUUAGUUUGGUUUAGUUGUUUACCUGGAAACUAAGGCUUUUGUAGCAUUAUUACUGUACUAUCAGUCCUUUACUAUUUCCUUUCAAUCUCAGUGUUAUAAUUCUACGGAAGAGGAUUAGGGCCAAGCAAUAAUAAAAAAAUAAAACCAUCUCGAGAUUUAAGUUGUUAAAUUUCG